UAUAGUUACAGACUGAAAAUCCAGAUGUCUAGGUAUAAAGUGUAUUGAAUACGUAUACACAUAUUUUAGAUAUAGCCUACAAAAGAAAAUCAGCUUCUUAAAUUGGAUGUAUAUAAUAACAACCACACCGACCUAUUCUUUUUUGGUCUAAAAACCGACCUAUUCUUCUCAAACAAAACUCUCACACUAAACCAAGAAAACCACAUUUCUUUCCUUCUCUACAUUAACCAUCUCCUUCAUUACAUUUAAUCCCUUCUAUAUUUUUAUAAGAAAUGAAAAAACUCAAACUCAUGGAUCACUCAUCCUGCCAGAGGAGAUAUCACGAUCCUCCGUCACAGGCGACGGCUAGAACACUGAAUAAUAACAAUAAUAAUCCGAAGAAGAAAAGAGUCGUCAAAGAAGAUCUUGAUGAUGAAAAGAUUGUUUCAAAGCAUCCAACUUAUCGAGGGGUGAGAAUGCGACAAUGGGGAAAAUGGGUCUCCGAGAUAAGAGAGCCAAAGAAGAAAUCAAGAAUCUGGCUCGGUACCUUCUCCACGGCGGAGAUGGCGGCGCGUGCUCACGACGUGGCGGCUUUAGCCAUCAAAGGCGGCUCUGCUCACCUCAACUUCCCUGAGCUAGCGUGCCAACUCCCUAGACCGGCUAGUGCUGACCCUAAAGACAUCCAAGCCGCAGCCGCCGCUGCUGCAGCUGCCGUCGCCGUUGACAUGGAAGUAGAGACGUCUACGCCCUCUCCUGUAAGCUCGGAACCAUCGUCUCCGGCUACGACCGCACUAGCAGACGACGCGUUUUCUGACCUCCCCGAUCUCUUGCUCGACGUGAACCACAACAUUGACGGCUUUUGGGACUCGUUUCCUUACGAAGAGCCUUUCUUCUCGGGAACUUACUAGAAAACAAAGACACUGUAGUUGUGUACGUCUUGUUCUUUUGUCAUGUGAAAACUUUUUAACGUUAAAAAGUCACCGGUUGAUCCAAGUUGUAUGUUAAUAACGGUCUAUGAUCGAUUUUUUUUUCCUUUUUCUAGAACUUUUAAGUGGGGAAGUGUGUGACAUGUAUAAGCGAAAAGGCUCUUUGUUUUUGUAGAAAUGUGAACGUCAGUCAGUGACAAUUGAAAAAAGUCCCAUGUUUAUUUGUA